AUGUGCGGUGUGCUCGAAACCCCGACAAAAAACCCGCAAGCACCCGGCACACGCGACAGCAACCCCUUAUCACCCUGCGGUUCAUCUCACACCUCAUUAAAUCUAUUUGUUGUACCUGCUUUACUCGUAAUGAUGAUGAUGAUGAUGGGUUACUUGUUACGAGCGGCUAUGUCAGAACUCUUCGGGAGCUGGCAAGAUUUCCAUGUCGUGACUGCUCACAUCCGCGCUGGCGACGAUAGAGCGAAGCCGGACACGCGGCGACGUCGACGACGGAAGUUUCGCCUCGUAAUUACUACCGGCCUCGUGCAUGCGAUACCAUAUGGUCGAUUCACCUGCGCCGCUCGAUUCCGGAGCCACGUUCGGCGAGCUUCCGCUUUCGAGCCACCGCUCUCCUGUAAUUAUCCUCACGUAACCCCCGUCUACCUACCUUAUAGAAUUUCUCGAUUUCUGGGUGCAGUUCUUUUCAAAGUCAAGUUCACUUCAGCGACUUACCCCUUCGCUCAUGUCGCUCCCUCGAAAAACAUCAAGUCGAGUUGUCGAGAGCGUCAGGCUGCUGCAUUGUCUGCGGCCCAGCGCUACCGUAUACCCAGCCAGUCAUGGGAAAAAAAGCGUUCCAGCGCAGAGGAACAGAGUUUGUUUUCGUCUUUUUUUCCGCUCCAUCGCAGUUCUACUCCAUCUAUGGAAUAUGGUAUGUAUGCUGUGCAGUGCUACUACCGUGUAUGUGGUGUGUGUGUAUGUGUGUUGGAUGUUGGUUAG